CCUAGAUGAAAGAAAAUGCUAUAUACAGGGUGGUUCACACAACAAAUCGCGUUUCCAUUUAAGGCUGUUUCUCAGGCCCAUGGCUAACGAGGUACAAACAUUUUUUUGAAACACCCGGUAUGUCGUUAACCAAAGAACUCCUCCACACACCAGUAUCACCCUGUAUAAAAAAUGCGCUUUAGAGAGGAAAUGGGCGCUUCCGGUGGCCCCCCGAAGAACCAGUGGCGCGCAGCGCCCGCCCCACCAAGGAGAAAGCGCGGUCGCUCAUUAAGUGGCGCGUCUUUGGCCAGGCCGGUUCGCUCCUCUGGCUGUGGAAAGAAAGUGCGUUAGAGAAAGCGGGCCCCAGCAGCCCCCAGGCGUUCGCCCCACAGUUGCAUGUGACCCACUUUCAUCCACCUGCAAAGUGCAUUCGCAGGUGCACCAGUUGCAUAAUCCGGCGGAAACCAGCGGCGCGCCAUGGCGUUCAGGCCCGAGGAAAUCUACUGGAGCGCCACUGAGUCCGACAGCGACGAAGGGCCCCCUCCGGCAGCGCAGCCCUACAUCGACCCCUGGGACCUGGAGAACUACGCCUACAUCAGGGCGCACCUGGACUCGAUGGGGAGCAGCCCCAAGGGGCCCAACGACGACUACGCCGACAUCGACGACGUCCAGUAUGGGGGGCGGCGCCCCGACAGCGCCCACGCCUAUGACUAUGAAUCGCCUGCCGAUUACUAUGACAAGGGGGCCCCUAUGCUGGAGAGCGGCCAACUGCCGCUGGAAGGGGGGCGCCCCAAUUUCGGCCUCUCCAACUACGGCCACCUGCAGAUCGACUACUCGCUCAGCUGGAGCCACCUGCACCAGUACAUCCGCUACCACACUUAGUUAGGGGCCCCCUUAGUUUGUACUUUUAUACGUUUACAUUAAACAAGCUAGAAAAUGA